AUGGACACAUCAUCUACCGGUGGCAAAUCCGACGAACUCAUCACAGGAGCCCUGAUCCCGGUCCUGCACAUCCUCGACAGCUUCAACCAUCGCAACAAGAAUCAGCAUCACGUCGCUCGCUGGUGGAUCCAGUUCGACCUCUUGCGUCGCGCCGUCAAGCGACUCCAUGACGCUCUCGUCCUUCGCAUCCAACAUGCCCAGGCCCAGGGUCACAGGAUGCAGAAGCAAAAAACUUCCAAGCACAAACAUGAUCUAGACGGAGACGUCUCCACCAGAGUAGAAACACUGAUUGACCAAAUCAUACCAUCAUCAUUCUUAGCCUUCACGCAACUUACAGCGGACAAUCAACACGCUGCCUUGGGCUUGGUCCUCCUUGGUGUUUUGGCCAGCAUAAACUCUGCAGUCGCGUCUUUAGUCCCCGAUUGCGUUGAAGAGGGUCGCCACGAGCCGCCUGCCGCGUUGUCAGCAGCCCAGCCGACAGCCGCGUUGGCCAAAGACACGAAGGCAGCAUCUGGUCCUGUAGAUUUUGGCAUAGCCAUUUCCCGAGAUCAGCUCCAGUUGGCUACAAAGCCCCAGUCUACCCUAAGGCCGGGAGGAAAGGAGGCUGCGAAGGAGAAAAAGCGCAAGGUGGUUUCGCCGGUAGAGAAUGCUGGCCCCAUGAGAUCUUUAAAGGACAAAAAAAUUGAGAAAAAGCCAAAGAAGAAAUCGAAAAAGGGGGAUGAAUUCUCGGACUUGUUCAGUUCACUCAUGUAA